UAGGGGAGGGCCUUAUUGGGUCUUAUCUGUACGCAUACCUUAAUCUGAUAGUAGGGGAAGGAUCUGUGUUGAUAGGAAGCUAAUUCGCCAGUAUUGGUCGGAGUUCGGCAGCUAAUGUGUACCUCGAUCAUUAGUCGGCACAUGGUUUACAGGAAACUCCGAGGAUUGUUCUUGACCGAGUCAACGCAAUGGCUUUAGCCGGGAGAAGCCGGCUUAUACUCGGCCUAGUUUUUCUGUGGUGUACGGCUUGCCUGCUGAAUGUCGGUGAUGCAUGGCAACACUGGCACCCAAGCUACACAGAAGCCGAUGAAGUGUAUGACAUGAAGAGAAGCGUCAUUCAGCCUGUAGUCAAGAAAAGUGCGCAGUUGGCGUCGUACAAGGACGACGCGCAUCCACGCUACAGACGCAACGCCCUACCAAUCAGCUACAGAAGUCUAAUAUCGGACCUGAGUGGCCCCAGUGUAGCACCCCACUGCUCGGCCUGGUCCCAGUCACACUUCCGAACAUUCGACGGCAAAACUUACAAUUUCCACGGAGCAUGCCAAUACACACUGGUUCUGGACUGCACCGCUUACACCUUCCGAAUUUCCAUCCAGAAUGACCUGGACUGUUUCGCCCCAGGCACGGGCGCUUCGUGCAACCGAACCGUGGUGGUACAUAAUGGCGACGCGGCAUCCCCGAUCUAUCUUCGACCGGGGCUGGUCGUCGGGCACGAGUUGUCCAGUCUGGACCUUCCGACUUCUCUGGACGGACUGGUCAUCGAGAAGGUCAGCGACAGCAUCAUGGUUACCAGCGGGCUCGGGUUCAAACUCAUUUACGACGGGGACGAGAGCGUGACUGUCUACAUCACGUCCGACAGCUUGAGGCAGCAGACGUGUGGACUGUGCGGCGUCUACAACGACGACCCAUCGGAUGAUUUCAAGGGACCGUUUGGAACUUUCGACAAUGCCUAUGAUUUUGGUCUGUCUUGGAAAGAAGAUGAUGCUUGCGAUGACGUCCCGCAACCCACUGUCCUGUGCACACAGAUCUUCAUUCCUCCGCAUCUCGUCCAUCAGUACAAGGAUUUCAUCGACCUGUCCAACUUUGCCAAAGCCACGUGCAAGGCACUGGAGGACGAUCCCUCGUUUAACAGUUGCCACACGGUAAUUGAUGUCAAUCCAUACAUUGAAGCCUGCCAGAGGGACAUGUGCAAUUGUCAGAACGGCCAGGAUGAGUGCGCUUGUAACAGCCUGACAGCGUACGCUAUGGAGUGCGCACGAUACGGCGUCAAGUUGGACUGGAGGACAAACGCACUGUGUCCUUGGACCUGUCCUUCUGACACCGUUUAUCACAGCUGUGGCACCACCUGCACCCAGAUGUGCGGGUCAGCGGCCAGCGAUUGCGAAGAAGACCAUUCGAUUGGUUGCGUCGAGGGGUGCCGGUGCCCUACAGACCGGUUCCAGAACAGCGACGGGCAGUGCGUGAAGGAGGAGGACUGUCCGUGCGUCAGUAACGGGGAGGAAUAUGAGACGGGGUCGACCAUCUCAGACGGAUGCAAUCAGUGCACCUGUCAUGGUGGCAAAUGGACCUGCACCAAUAACAUCUGUGAAACCAUAUGCUGGGCCUCGGGAGAUCCCCAUUACAAGACCUUUGACGACACUCGCUAUAACUUCAUGGGAGAUUGCGCCUACCAACUCGUCAAGGAUUGCUGGGACAGCGACGAUAAGUUUGAGAUCAUCGCCGACAAUGCUCCGUGCGGUCAUUCCGGUGUGUCUUGUACACAAAAGGUCAUCGUCAAGAACGCGAAUGACGUCAUCAUCCUUGCUGGGGGUCACCGCGUGUCCGCCAACGGGAACACCAUCACCGUGUUCCCGUUUGUUGUUGACGGAAUCAUGGUAGACCGCCCAACGACCUUGCUGACAGUGGUGUCGCUUGGUAACGGCAUGGUGAUUCGUUGGGAUGGCAAGAAUCGCGUGGAGAUUGUCGCUCCGCCGAGUAAGUUCAACAGGACUUGCGGCCUGUGUGGAACGUUCAACAAGAACCAGGCGGAUGACUUCAUGACGCCAGACGGUGACCGAGUCGCAUCCUCCACGGCUUUCGGCAACAGCUGGAAGGUGAGAUUUGAAGGAGACACCUGCUCUGAUGUACCCCCAGUAGAACCCCCUAAUGUCUGCGAGCUGUACUCACAGAAGAAAGACAUCGCCUAUGAGCAGUGCAACAAGUUAUUCACUGAGGAUGUCUUCAAACCAUGCCAUCGCGUUGUGGAUCCAGGCCCAUACUUUCAGGACUGUCGCUACGACGUCUGUAACGGGAACGAAGAUGACGACCACUGUGCCAUAUUCUCCCAGUAUGCAUCGGACUGCCGGGAGAAGGAUGUCAUAUUGGAAGACUGGAGGAAUGCUAUACCUGAAUGCGAUGUCGCGUGUGACGUUCCCAACAUGUCCUACUCGGAGUGUGCGCCCUCUUGUGGCCAUUCAUGCGAGUCGAUCCGCGCCAUCGCCAACGGAGCCCAGUGCCAGGACGUGUGCGUGGAAGGAUGUCACUGCGAUGACAACAAGGUGGUUGAUGAUUUUGGGAGCUGCAUCCCUGCGGAUCAGUGUCAGUGUUACGAAGAGUUUCAUUGGUACGAGAGCGGAGAGACGAUCGAGAGGAACUGUGAAACAUGCAUUUGUGGAGGAGGCAUCUGGCAAUGUGACCACGUCACCUGCCCGUCCUUCACCUGCCCAGAGAACCAGUUCUACAGUGAGUGCACCGUCCCCGCAGAAUGCCAGCCCACCUGUGCUAACUUCCACGACCCGCCGGUGUGCGAAGGGCCGUGCCUACGUGGCUGCGAGUGCGAUACUGGCUACGUGCUCGAUAACGGGGAGUGUAUUCCAAUCUCGGACUGUCAGUGCUAUUACAGAGGAGACGUGUACGAACCGAACGAGGUCAGGCGUGUAGGGUGCCACGUAUGUACAUGCAAGGAUGGUAAGGUGACAUGCAAGAAUGAGUAUUGCGAAGGAACCUGUAUUGCAUGGGGUGAUCCCCACUACCAGACGUUCGAUGCCAAGAAGUAUAGCUUCCAAGGGGAAUGUGACUACGUCCUGGUCACCAACAGCCACUAUCCUGAGGUCAAGCAAUUCCACAUCCUUGUGGGUAACGUGCCUUGUGGAUCCGGAGGAGUAACAUGCACCAAAGCCAUCACUAUGGCCAUAGGAACUGGCGCUGAACAGGAGAAGGUCAUGCUGGUCCGAGGGAAACCGAUCGAGGUGGAUACCGGUAUCGGAGGCCUGAGCGAAUUCACCAUCACCGAGUCGGGCUUGUACAUCUUUGUGCACACCAACAUCGGUGUCACUCUGAUGUGGGAUCGAGCCACCAGGAUUGAAGUCAAAGUCACACCGGAGCAUUUCAACAGGGUUGCUGGUCUCUGCGGUAACUACAAUGACAUCCAGGAGGAUGACUUCUUGCCACCAGGGGGCGGUAUACCUCUCAUUGAUCCUAAUGACUUUGGCAACAGCUGGAAGGUGCAUGAUUACUGUGGCAAGCCGCCGCCCAUCACAGACCCUUGUGUAGAAAACCCCCACCGCAAGACUUGGGCUCAGAAGCAAUGCGGCAUCAUCAACUCCGUGCUCUUUGAGCCGUGUCACAAGUUCGUCCCACCCGCCGAUUACUUCAACAACUGUGUCUUUGAUACCUGUGGCUGCGAUUCCGGCGGCGACUGUGAGUGCAUGUGCACGGCCAUCGCGACCUACGCGCAGAUGUGUAACCAGCAAGGGGUGCCCAUCAAAUGGCGGACCCAGGAACUCUGUCCCAUCCAGUGCGAGGGAUGCCUCACCUACGAGCCUUGCAUCCCAGUCUGUGAGUCGUCGUGUGAGAAUCAGCCGUUUGUCCUCCCUGACGGCGUCUGUGUGGACACCUGUGUGGAUGGCUGCGCAUGCCCGCCGGGUACUUACUUACACAACGACGAAUGCGUGGAGGAAUGCCCAUCGCCUACCACAGUGCUACCACCGACCACUGUACCACCUACAACUAUUUCCGAGACACCACCGCCACCACCCCCACCACCACAAAUAUGCGAAUGCUGGGGCUACGGCGAUCCUCACUACUUUGACUUCAACAACGUAGAGUUUGACGACCAAGGCCUCUGCACCUACGUCUUAGCCAAGGAUACUCAGGAGCCGCCACGAUUCGUGAUCCUCAUACACAACAUUGAGUGUGGUCUGUUCCCAGGAACCACCUGCCCCAGGGAGAUAGAGAUCCUGUAUGAUGGCCACCGGAUCAGGAUGUUGGCUGAGAGGAACGAUCAAGGGGAAUAUCAAGUCGUCAUUGAUGGCACCACCCACACUCUACCCAUCGAAACCUACGACUCCUUCACGGUCACCGAGGCCGGACUGUACAUGUUGUUUUAUGCUCCAAGCAUCGCCUUGCAGGUCCGUUACCUUCCCAUGGAUCUGCACUACUUCAAGGUGGAGAUUCCUCAGGCCAUCUACUACAACAGCACGGAGGGUCUUUGUGGAAACUGCGGUAAUCCUCUACCCACCUGUGAGGAGACGGGCACCUGUUGUGAUUGGCUGGCUCCGCCGUCCACACCCGCCGAUUGCGGCUGUGAUGUCGAGCCGACAGAAUGCGUCCCUGGCCCCGAUGUCAUUGAGUGGUGCGACAAACUAUAUGAGGACAUGUUUAGUGAAUGUCACGACGUCCUUGACCCGCACGACUUCUACAAGAACUGUCUGUACAACAACUGUUACGGCGAUAAGCCGACGUGUUGGGAUUUCGAGGCUUAUGUCGCAGAGUGCUCGGCGAUGGGUAUCUGUAUCGACUGGCGGGAGGACGACUUCUGUCCUUACGACUGCACGACUGAUGAGACACACUACCGAGAGUGUGCCUGCCCAGACGACAUCUACACCAGCUGCUACCCCUGGGAUAAGGAACCGCAACUGUGCGACAUGGAACCGGUGUCUGGCUGCUUCUGUGACGAGGGGACCAUGGACAAUGGCAACGGAACCUGUAUACCCUGUCCCACUGUUCUCCCCACGACACGUGCCAGGACGACUGUUGUUUAUACCACCGAGCCUGUCCAACCCACAACUGUCGAAUCUACUCCACCACCACCAGAAACCACAACAGAGAAAUCCACACUACCAGGUCCUACCACACAACCACAUCAACCAACAACUGCUGAAUCCACUCAGCCAGCUUCUACUACAGUCGAAUCCACUUUUCCACCAUCCACAACUCCUCCUCGACCUACGACAGCAGAAUCCACCCCUCCAGCUCCUACUACGGCUGAAUCAACUCCUUCUGCGUCAACUACUGUCGAGUCCACCCCUCCAGAAUCCUCAACUGUUGAGUCAACUCCUCCUCAACCAACGACAGCAGAAUCCACACCUCCACGACCCACUACCGCAGAAUCCACCCCUCCAGCUCCUACAACUGCCGAGUCAACCCCUGCUGCAUCCACAACUAUUGAGUCAACUCCUCCAGAAUCCACAACUGUUGAGUCAACUCCUCCGCGACCCACAACAGCAGAAUCAACCCCUCCUGCUCCUACUACUGUUAUAGAAACUCCCCCAGCUCCUACAACUGCUGAGUCAACCCCUCCUGCAUCCACUACUGUGGAGUCUACCCCUCCAGAAUCCACAACUGUUGAAUCAACUCCUCCAGAAUCUACUACAGUGGAGUCUACUCCUCCAGCAUCCACUACUAUUGAGUCAACUCCUCCGCGACCCACAACAGCAGAAUCCACACCUCCACGACCCACCACAGCAGAAUCCACUCCUCCAGCUCCUACAACUGUAGAAUCAACUCCUGCAGAAUCCACAACAGUAGAAUCAACUCCUCCGGAGUCUACAACUGUGGAAUCCACUCCUCCAGAAUCCACUACAGUGGAGUCCACUCCUCCAGCAUUGACUACUGUUGAGUCAACUCCUCCACGACCCACAACAGCAGAAUCCACACCUCCACAACCCACUACAGCAGAGUCCACUCCUCCAGCUCCCACUACUGUUGAAUCAACUCCUCCAGCUCCUACAACUGUGGAAUCAACUCCACCAGAAUCAACAACUGUCGAAUCAACUCCUCCAGAGUCUACCACUGUGGAAUCCACUCCUCCACCAUCCACAACAGUUGAGUCUACUCCUCCAGCUCCCACUACUGUAGAGUCAACACCUCCACGACCCACAACCGCAGAAUCGACCCCUCCUGCUCCUACUACUGUUAUAGAAACUCCCCCAGCUCCUACAACUGCUGAGUCAACCCCUCCUGCAUCCACUACUGUGGAGUCUACCCCUCCAGAAUCCACAACUGUUGAAUCAACUCCUCCAGAGUCGACAACAGUAGAGUCCACACCUCCAGCAUCAACUACUGUCGAGUCAACGCCACCUGCUCCCACAACUGUGGAGUCUACACCUCCACAACCCACAACAGUAGAAUCCACACCACCAGCUCCUACGACUGUGGAAUCAACUCCUCCAGAAUUCACUACUGUGGAGUCAACUCCUCCACAACCCACAACAGUAGAAUCCACACCACCAGCUCCUACGACUGUGGAAUCAACUCCUCCAGAAUUCACUACUGUGGAGUCAACUCCUCCACAACCCACAACAGUAGAAUCCACACCACCAGCUCCUACGACUGUGGAAUCAACUCCUCCAGAAUCCACUACUGUGGAGUCAACUUCUCCAGAGUCCACAACUGUGGAGUCCACACCUCCACCGUCAACAACAGUAGAAUCCACUCCUCCAGAAUCUACGACUGUUGAAUCCACACCUCCAGAAUCAACAACUUCUGAAGUGACCACUGUGGAAUCAACGCAGGCACCCACGACAGUUGUUACAACAGUUGUCAGCACCACUGAGCAGUCAACCACUCCAGAAGUCGUUGAAUCUACUACAGUUGUAGAACCAACCACAACCGAAUGUAUUCCAGGCCACCAGACGGUCUGCAAAUGGAGCGCCUAUCUGGAUGACGAAAACGGCCAGACCAACGACCAAUCCUACGAGUUUGAGUUCAUCGCUGACUUCUUGAACAACGAGCAGUACCCGGGAGUCUGUGCGGAGCCUGAAGCCAUAGAGUGCGUCCUGGCCCGAGACCACAGCGUGCCGUCUUACAUGACUACCCAAGACGUCCAGUGCACCAAGGACCUGGGUCUGGCUUGCUACGACGACGAAGACCAGACGUGUCUGGACUUUGCCAUCCGGGUCCAGUGCUGCGAAGAGGAGUAUGUCAUCUGUGGAUCCACCGAGUCCCCGUCCACAACAGUUGAGCCGCCCGAGUCCACAACAAUGGUUGAGUCAACCACUUUAUUUGGAAGCACAACGGUUAAGUCAACUCCACCGCCUGCCACUACAGAGGAAUCCACAACCGUAGAACUACCAACCACAGCUUGCGUUCCUCAUUACGAGCAGUACUGCAAGUGGACCCGUUACUACGACGACAGCGACAGUCCCCACGGCGACUUUGAGGUCCUGGGAGACCUCCUGGAUGCCCAUCCGGGAGAGCUCUGCGAGAAUCCGACGGAGGUGGAGUGCGUCUUGAGCUCCGAUCACAGUGUCAGCGCUCACCAGACAGGCCAGAACUACACCUGUCUUCCCAACGUCGGAUUCCUCUGUCUGGACUUCGCCAACAAUCGCCGCCAGCCCUACGAGUGCUACGAUUACGCCGUACGCUUCCAGUGCUGUGUGAGUGUCUUCGUGCCGUGUGGCACUGAGGAGGCACCGACAACAGAGCCUGAGGUUCCGACGACUAAACCAGCUCCUACAACCGAGCCAGCACCUACGACAGAGGAGUCCACCACUGAAUGCGUGGACGUGAUUGAGAAGUCUUGCGAGUGGACUCCCUGGUUGGAUGAUGAGGAAGACAAGGUGGGACCUCUUGGCGAGUUUGAGCUCAUCUCCACCUAUCGGGAGGAGUACGACAUUUGCGACACAGUUGCCAACAUUGAAUGUGUGCUCAAGUCACAGCCGAGCGUUCACUCAAAUGAGACAGGCCAGGUGGUGACGUGCAAUGUCGACGAAGGCUUAGUGUGUCUGCACUCUGAGCAGACUGAUUUCCCUCCGUUCUGCUUCGACUACAAGAUCCGCGUCAGAUGCUGCCAGGAUAUAGUCAUCCCAUGCAAUCCGCAGACAACCCAGCCGGUACCCACUACACUGGUAUCCACCACAGAGGACGAGCGGACCACCAAACCGGUGCCCACCACUCCUGAGCCCCAGCACACUACAGAACCAACUACGGAGGGAGAACCAACUACGGAGGGAGUCCCAACUUCGGAACCGGUACCCACCACUGAACAGUCAACGACUGCUGGGCAGGAGCCAACUACAGAAGGACCAGAACCAACCACGAAGGAGGUCCCAACUACACCGGCAGAAUCCACAGUUCCUAGCGAGUCAACUACACUUCCUGAAUCAACUAUUCCUGUUGAGUCAACUACACUUCCGGAAUCAACUAUCCCUGUUGAGUCCACUACGAUUCCGGAAUCAACCAUUCCAGUGGAGCCGACAACUCGGCCGGUAAAAUCAACUACCGAAGUUGAGGGAACAACCGUCUUUGAACCCACUACUGUGGAAUCCACGCCUCCACCAGAUGUCUUCACAACUCGGCCCACUGAGCCUUCAACCACGGAGAGCGAAUUCACAACACCUUGCAAGCCGAUUUACGAGGAAGUCUGUGAGUGGACACCCUGGUUUGACGACGAUGACGGCAAAGUCGGCCCGAUCGGAGAGUUUGAGCUGAUCUCAACCUUCCACGAUCAGUACGACUUCUGUCAGGAUCCGCGUCAGAUACAGUGCGCCCUCAAGUCCGACCACGAGGUGCUCGUCGAAAUGACCAAGCAGAACGUGCUGUGUAACCCCGCGGAGGGCUUGAUCUGUCUGCAUAACGACCAGCCGGAUAUUCCUCGUUGCUUUGACUACUCCAUCCGACUGCGGUGUUGCAACUUUGUGAACAUCGGCUGCGGGACAACGCCUGAGCCUCCCGUCACUACAGUUGCCUCCACAACCGAGAGAGCUCCUUCAACUACUGCGCCGCCUCACAACAACGAGGCCUGUCAACCCCUCAUGCCCGACAGACCCACCACAAUCAUCAAGGACGGCUGCUCCACACCGACCCCCGUCUACUUACCGAUGUGCCAGGGCCGCUGCGAGUCCUACACUGUCUUCAACGGCUACGAAGCCAACGGUAACGAGUUCUGGAGGAGCAUCUGUCGCUGUUGCCGUCCCAGCGCCUUCGAGACGGACUACUUUGAGUUGGUGUGCCCUAACGGUGAGGCGGUGACACUGCCUGUGGAGAUCGUGACUGACUGCUCCUGCAAAGAGUUUGAGUGUUAGUCAAAUUGGCGGGUAUCAUCGUAAUGCCAAAAAUAGAUGGAAAUCUCACUGAUUUUUUGUCAAAAAAACAAACCAAAGUCAUAAAAUACCACACUCAACAGUAAAGUCUGUGUUACCUAAAGCAACAUCCAUGGAGUUUACAACUAUCAACCUGAUGUAAAUUUUCAUUUUUAAAAAGAUAUUCUGAGAUUUUUCAGAUGAAACUCAGUAAAGGACAAAUUUUUUUUGUCUGGAAGCAGAUUGAAAGUGAAAAUUCAUAAAUAACAAACAUUUGAAGCCCGUUUCUGAGCCCAAACUUAGAAUAUUAGAUUUGGAUUUGUAUUUAUAAUCAGAAGUCAAAAGUUAGUCCAAGCAUAAACCAAAACGCAUGUAUUUCUUU